AUGUCCAGCCGUGGACUACGCGAGGAUCGUUACUCUCCGGAUCACAGGUUGAGUGGAGGUUGGAUAGUGCAGGCUGGCGAGCCCAGUAAUGAUUCGUGCUCAGAUGUGGUACUUCAAAGUCCCAUAAUACAGCCUCAGCGACCACGACUUCAGCGAGAGGAAAGCUACGGUCAGGGACGACCGCCUAAACGUGCACGGACACAAUUUUAUGACUUCGCUGCACAAGUCCAAUUGCAACAACAUCACCAACGCCGGAAGCGAUACCUAUCUGCACGGAAAAGAGUCCUGCAAAAGUCUAUAGCUCUGUCUGCUCGACUCCGGAGAACGAGCUCGUGGGUACAAGAUGGUCUGGUGGAGAUAUCCAAACAUCAAGAUACCAGGGCAUUCGCCCAGGUCUUCAGUCAUGCUCAAGAUCUGGUUGAUGUCUGCAUCUCGCACUGGAAUAAUGACCUCAAUAAUCUCGACACGGUCCAGUCAUCAGAUACAAACGAACCACAGACGACUACACCCCAACCAUUUUUUGACCAGCUCCCUGUCGAAGCUCAAAAGGAUCUAUUGGAACUGCUCUCGAAUCUCCGCUGCAAUCCACGAUUCCUGAUUGACCGGCUAAGUAACCUUCCACGCUCUCAGGUUGCAACCCUGACGAGUAGCCCUAGAUGGCAAUUUUCCGAUGUGGUCCUGAAAUCUUUUUCACAGGACAGCAACCGCUCGGGCUCACAACGUCGCAGACAAUUGCAAGAAUACUCCAAAAAAUUAGAAGAUUACGCCACGUCCUUUGAACGUGAGAAUCCAUUGUCGUUCCUUAUUCAUAACCUCUACAGCCACGAUGUUCGUCCCGAGUCCUCCGAAAGCAGAUUGCGACUCUAUACCUGGUCUACUACUUGCGCCGAACUGUUCCAAAAUGGGGUCGAUAGCUACAUUGCUCUUUGUGGUCAAGCGCUCGAUGCUUUCUCUAUUACUCAAGAUUGGCCUGCGAAACUUCGUAUGGAGUUGUUUUUGAUGGACAUUUUGCAAAAGGGGGCAUUUCUUCUGAACGAUACUCCAAUCCAAAGAGGACAGCCAGGCUACAAUCCACUUAAGACUGAGCAAGCAAGGAAGUUCUUUGAUGACGCAGUUCUUGAGCUCUAUUGGACUUUGAUCGACUGCAGGUCAGGUUGCUAUCCUUCGGGUGCGCUCGCACUCGCACAAGCAAUUCUGGGAAAGCUCUCUUCACAAGACCAUCAAGGCUUCUUUAGAAACCACUUCUUCCGGGAGUGGUAUCUUGGCCACUUUCUCAGAACUGCUAUCAUGUAUCCCGAGAACGAAAACAUGCUGCUUCAAAUGCACGUCAGUAAAAGAGCACGGGACCAUAUUCUCGCGCCUAUUUACAACAGGUUCCUUUUCAAAUUCGAUAAUCACUUGAAUCCCACCACUGACCAAGAUACUAAUAUUCGCAACAUCAUUGAGGACAUGAUAAGUAUGCUGGAAGGUCUGCCGGCACCAACUCCAUACGAAGCAGGCCCCGAGCCUUCUCCGGCCACAAGUACUGCAGCUACGGUCGAUAUGCUUGUUGUGUCAGCCUCGGAAGUUAUAAAAGUGUUGGAGAUCUUGUCGCCCCAGACACUUCAUCCCUCCGAUACCUCAGAUCCAGUCCUACGGGAAAUUGGCAACGCCUUCCGCAGCACCUACUCCAGGCCUACGACACGCUUCGACAUACUCAAAAGGCAGCUUCAAUUAUUGAUAGAGCCAGGAAUAUCGGCCAAAGACAUCCAUCCCUGCUCAGAAACGUGGACAGAUUUCGCUAUUGCCUAUGAUGGUCGUGUGCACGCCUCACCCAUAUUACAACCAGUGAAACCAUUUAUCAAGCUGUUUGAGAGUCGUCGCAUGCCCUUAGCACAGCAAGCCGCCCUGCGUCUCUGUGCGAGCUCCCUCGAAGCACACACUAACGACGAUGGGGCAUCCUCCCUCACUCGAUGGUCCGAGACCAGCAGCUUGACCGAACUUUUUCAGGACCAGAUCGACAAAAGCCAGGCAGAGAUGCGUACAGUCGAUUCAGUGUACUGGAAAAAGGCCCUGACAAAUUUGACACGUCUUCAACAGCGCUUUUCCUUUGGGAACGAUGCCACCAAUGACACUUUUAUACUAUUCGAGCCGCUGCAGCACUUGGCCGCCUCUCGGGAAGAAGCAAUGAACGUCUGCGCUUCACUAGAGGACCAGUUGGGUCUCUAUGAGACUUCCUACCAGAGCCUCAAGAAACAAGUCAAGGCCUUCAUGUCAACUCUGGAGGGGUUGCGCCUCAAGCUCUGGUAUACUUCUCAAGUCGUCAAUUCAGAGCCCUACCAGGAUGCACGAAACAUAACCUCAGCUCUAAGCAAUAUGGCCAUAUCGACCAUGACCAAUUUGUCCCGGUCUUCUAGAGAUCAAGCAAGGCCUUCCACUAGCCAAUCGUCACGAUCGUCUAUCUUCGAGGGAUCACAAACUGACAUCAUGAAACUCCUAAAAGCUCCUACAGAGCAUGGCGGGCCAAGAAAGCUAGCAGAUGAGCAAAUCGAUAGCAUUAACAAUUGGUUACAGCAGUACAGUAUCGAUAACUUUUGCAUCGGCGAGGAACGCUUGCACCGCUUCUGCAUGGAAAUUCAGCUCGUUACCAAACGUUUGACCGGAGAGACAAUGAUUCAAAGUCCCGAGCUCUGGUCGAGUGAACUUUUCAACCGUGAGCGCCUUUCUUACGAUAUCCAGACUGUCAAUAUCAACAGCGCUCCUGCCAGUCUACGACCAGCCAGCGUGUACAGCGAUAGUCUAUCAGCAACAUUUCCUGUCUCGAGGUCUCCAAUGCGGUCAUCCGAUAGCGACGCGAGAUCGAUCAUGUCUGACGAGCGAAGCUCCAUCAGAAGGGGUUCUGUCUAUGGACUAUUUCAACAGAGAUUGGAUCCACGAUUACUGACCCCAGGGCUGGCUUCUUCGAUCGGAUCUCACGGCAGGAACUCAUCUGCAAAUACUACCACAAGUGAAAUAUUUACACCUUCUCAGUCAGUAACCUCAGCUUCGGUAUACUCGCGUCCUCCCUCGAUGCUCUACGGUAGAUUACCGGACUUUGGUGCUAGACCAGCUUUCUCGCUGAAGGAAAAGAAAAAGUUCCGCGAUAAGCUACGAAAAGGUUUAAUUUGUUUGUUGUUGUCUGAUCUUGGAAGCCUUGUAUGGAGUUGGGGUUGUGAGACUGACAAGUGGAUUGGCGAUGUACAACUGACGCCGUCGAUAGAAGCACGAUGUAAGAGGCGGCUGGCAACCAAUUCGCUUUUUGUAUCUGAGAAAUCUUCGACUGCGACGCCGAAACGCAGACAGAGCACUACUGAUGCGUCACUUAUCGAUAGCACAAACUGGGAUUCAAAUCAAACUAGUGAUAGUGGCUAUAUUGACGAGGACGUCGACUUUCGACUCGCAAUAGAAGACAUCUUGAUUCGACUCAGCAAGCAAAUCGACCCCAUCAGCAAAUUGCAGGCGUGUGUAGAUUUUCACGCCUUGUCGACUAAUCAGCUUAACGCAAAUUCCUCUCAAAAACGCGAGGUCAAGGAAGAUCGCAAGGUUCGACGGAGAAGCCUGGAUACUGACAAACAGGAUGAGGUGGAAGAACUUUUGACAGCAACAAAUGAACCCUCACUAACCGAAAGUGUAAAACCGUCAGAGGGACGGAUUAUCGCGUUCAUGAAAUGUGUGUUGGCCACGCUCAAGCCACUGACAAUCUUUCGAGAUCUUCAAUUCAUUGCUGCUUUCGCACCAGCAGAGAUGCUCGAUAAAACAGCGGCUGGCAAGGCGUUCAUGAAUCUCGGUAUGUCGGCGCUAGAAUAUAAGAAAGAGUUGUGUGGUAGCAUGGUUGAUGUCGCAGACCAGGUCGUUGCGGCAGAUGCAAUUGAGCGGGUCUCUGCUCCAGAGAACGAGCAGGUAUUGGCGAAAGCAGCAGAGUACUGGAAGAUCGCUGCAAGGGAAGGUAAUGCUGCAGCUCAAAGGGAGUUGGCAUUGCUGUACCUUAUGCAUCCUGGCAUGCUCCCAGUAGUGACAAUGCCACUAUCCACUACUGCAGAUAUUUUCAAGGACGAGAUGAUGUGGCAAAAAACAGUCCGCAACAAUGACAACAAGCAGGCACUGUGCUUGGCGCUACAUUGGAUGCAGCUGGCAGCUGCAAAUCGAGACGAAGUUGCUCAGCAAAAGAUGAGAGAGAGAAACGGGCAACGGCUUUCCAUUCGAUGA